AUGACUGAAGCAGACAAAGUGGAAGACGAUGAAGACUUAAGAAAGAAGCUUUGGCUUAUGGUUGCAAAGCAUGUUGUUGAACAGGAAAAGGGGACAAAAACGGAGAACAUGAGAAAAGCAAUUGCAUUUUUAAAGGAAAAUGGUGGUUUAUUAAAGAUUGAAGAUAUCUUACCUUUAUUUCUAGUUUUUUCACUAAUUGAAUAUGUCUGGAUCUGGGGACGGAUGAGAGUGUAUUCAAGAAGGCAAGAUGCAUUAGCAGCUGUCAAAAGGUAUAACAAUGUCCAGCUUGAUGGGAAGCCAAUGAAGAUAGAGAUUAUGGGAUUAAACAUUGUAGCUCCUGUUGCUGGUCUUCCAUUGCCAAACAACUCAGAGGGGGUUCCCUCAGGUAGUAGUGCAUUUUCUUGGUCAAACAAAUCAUAUUUCAGACCAUUGAUCUUUAGCAUCAUUGUUCUUUUCAUGGGUAAUGUCAUGCUUGGUUCAGCUAGAGCUGUGAACAGAAGGUAUAUCAGUGAUUGUGUGCCUUUAAAGAUCCGAAUGCAGGCUACUGCUGGUUUUGUUGGUGCAAGUGCACUUGGAAUGGCUUGUGGUCCCGCACUUGCUGGGAGAGGAUUGAUGGUGGGAAUUGAGCUUGUCACUCAUCGAAAAGAGAAGACACUAGCAAAGGGAGAAACUGCCAUUUUGUUUGAAAAACUACGAGAGCUCGGGGUUCUGGUUGGAAAAGGUGGAUUACAUGGGAAUGUUUUCAGGAUAAAACCACCUAUGUGA